AUGGCUACUACUACGCUUGAAUACUAUCAGCAACAAGUGGAGAAGGCAGAUAAGAAGCUUGAGGAGGCGAACGCGGCGUUGAAGAGGUUUCAGAACGGGAAGUACGGAGAAGAGAAGCUGAACGAGCUGAGGGAAAAGGAGGUGAAUGGGACCAUAGAUGUCAGAGAGAGGUCGUGGCUGGACGAUUUGAAGAAAAAAGAGCAGGAGUGUAGAGAGCGCGUGAACAUGUGUACAGAGGAGUGGCUCAAGAGCAAAGAGGACUUGCGCCAAGCAAGGGAGACCACUCAGACAGAUAAUGCUGCUGUAGCUAGAGUUAAUCUGACUAGUUUUUCUUGCCACAUAGUUAUUCCUCCCGAGAAACGUGAACUUGAAGGAGAGAAACUGGAAACAGAAUCACUUAGACCUUCUAAGAUGCUUAAAACUCAAGAAGAUAUCAUGGAAGCAGUAAAGUCUAUACUCCCACCGUCAUCAGCUGCGCGGUCACAGAACCUAUCAAAGUUUAUUAAAAACUACAACAAUGAGAACCUUGAAGUGUCAAGAGAUCUAUGUGGCAAAGUGCAUAAUUUUAUAGACAUUAUGGCACAAACCUACCAAUCUGAAAAACAACGGCAACAAAUAUUUGAUGAAUUCCUCAUUGAUGCACUCGACUUGAACUUCAUACCAAUCACAGUUGAUGAUGGAUCAAGUAAUGAUGGUGUCCUAUUAGAAAAUGGUAGAUAUUUGGUUGCUCUACGUAAAGUUAAGAAUGAAAUAGGAGAAGGGGGAUCUGACCCUUUUUUGCAAGCUUCAUUUUCAGUUUUAAAUUUCUGGAAACAGAAUAAGUAUAAAUCCUUCCGAAAAGCCUGUAACUGUCCAACACUUAUUAUGUGUCUAGCUGGACCUUGGUUGUGUAUUGCUGCAAGCAUUUUCACAGACCACCUUAUUGUGGAUCCAUUGACAGAUUUUGUUCCACUAGUACCAACAAAGCAUCCUAAUGAGUUGGACCAUAUUGCUAGACUAUUUCAAGCAUGGAAACUUGCAAUUACAGACUUGGAGCACUUUUACCAUACUGACAAAACUGUUGAAUCUGCUUGGAGUGCAAAACAUCCUUGUGGUUACCAGAAUCUUUUCCCAUAUCCAAAUUUGCUUAUAAUAGAUGAUAAGAAAGUAGAAUUUACUUAUGAAUCUUGGAUGUCAAGUUCAAAAUCAAUGUGCACAGCGACAAUUUCAGAUAUGAACAUUGAUAUAAUUGUUAAAUUUACAAAAAAUUACUGUGGUGAUGCACAUAGGUUGUGUGCCUCUGAAGGUUUAGCACCCCAGUUAUUUUGUGUGGAUAGAAAGAUAGUACCAGGUUGGAUCAUGAUCAUCAUGAAAAACAUCAAAGAAGCAAAGCCAUUGCAUGAAAUUACAUUUAAUUUGAAAAAAGAUCAAGAUCAGGUGUUUCAAGAUAUACAGCAGGCUAUCUCUCUAUUACAUCAUAACAACCUAGUAUUUGCAGAUCUCCGUCCAAAUAACAUAUUGGUAUAUGAAAAGGAUCAAUUAAAGCGGGCAAUGCUUGUAGAUUUCGAUUGGGCUGGAGUUGCAGGAAGAGACUGCUAUCCAUUAUUUAUGAAUCAUGAGAAUAUUGACUGGCCAGCUGAUGCUGAAGAUGGAAAAGUCUUGCAGAAAAAACAUGAUGAAGUAUGGCUUAAACGGUUGGAGAAUAUCAUUUUUUCCUAA